GGGUCAUCACCUAUGCAACGGAACCAACCCGCGCUUCCGCCGCCGUUCUCCUCUCUCUGCCUUCUCCCUCACUACCCCCCGCUUCUUCUCCGACUACUGGCUGGCAACCCUGACCUACCAUCACAUUGUUCCACUGCUGCAUUCCGCGAUUCUUGGGGUAAUCCUACUUUUUCUUGGUCCGUCAAGGGAUCCGUUGCUUUAGGGUUUCUAAUCCGUCAGAUUUAUGGCGCAUGGACCGGUCACAGUGACGAAGAAUGAUUGAUCGUUGCUGAUUUGUAGUCUUAAUUGUUGCCGUGUAUCAAUGCGCGAGUCUGUUCGGCAGAUAUCAAUUGGAGCAGCAUGUGAUCUGGUUACCUUUCAUAACAUUUUUUAGGGUGUUUUUGAUGACGUUGAGAGUAUUUUGCUCCAUCUCACAAUUUGUUCUUCUGAUUACCAGAUGGUUUGAAGGACUACAUCUGUUAUUGGAUCUAAUCUUCCUUCUAACUGUUGCUACUUUUAUGGUAGGAACUCAAUUGCCACGCCCUGAAAGCAUGGAAACAGUGAAUACUUCAAUUGCUCGUACUAAACUCCGACAUUUAAAGAGUCAGAACAGUAGUGUUUCUCUCGAUUUGUAAGUGUUGCUUUUCCAAUUUCUUUGUUGCUUUUUGAUAUUGGAAGAGUUGGAAUACUGGUUUUAGAUCUCUAAUCAUUUCACUUCUGGACCAAUCUAUAAGAUAAAACAGAGAGCUAACAGUCAAUUCAGUUGCAGGUCAAGGAACAGGGCAAUUACUUCCGUCUGCUGUGUGACAUUCACCUCCAAUUCCUCGGACAAUGGACUUCAAGAAACCAAUAGCUUGCUUUCUGAUAUUGCAUCUGAUGUUAGCAAGAGGCAUUUGAUUAAAUCUAUGGUAUGGCGGUCAAGAUGCAUAGCCUAUCUGGGAGAACAAAUUGUUAUUCAUCCAUGCACAAUGUUCAACCAUCCCUAUUUAAUUUACUUGCUGCUCCGAUAGAUUUUCCUCUUGAAGAAUUUGAGGAAGGAAGAAUUUUAAACACGAGCAUUGGAACUGGCCCUUGAAUACAAUGAUCCACAUGCCAAUGUAUAUGUGAGUAUGAGUUACUGGCACCCUUUCCAGAUGGGUUGCUCUUCAUCAGGUUUGUAAUUGUGAUUGGCAUGCUAGUAAUCAACAAGUUGCUUAGCCCAUAAUAUAACAUGUAUCUAAGCUAUAAUUGUCUGCGGUAUAUCUUGACAAUUUGUAAUUUCUGUAUCUGAUGCCACUGUCUCUUCAAUCAUGAAACUAUAUGUCACAUCAGACUUGUAGUCAAACCAGACUUCUUUCUUGUUAUUUGUCAUUUGUUGACAGAAUUCAUGCAAUUCUGCACAGCCUCAGUUAUGCAAUUUUGUUACAGGCAUAAACAAACUAUAAAGUUGUGCAAUUCACUGCACCAGAAAUAUCAACAAGAUAAAAAAAGAUAAAACAGCAAGCUCGUUAUGUUUCCCACAUUAUCAUCAAUUCUCUAUAUCUACUAGCAGUUCUAGCAUCCAUGUUCUCCAGAGGAUCAUCGGGAAAGAUGCUUAGUCUGUAAAACUCCAAUUUCUAUCAGUGAAACCAUGGUAUGAACAUGAAGCUAAUGAUGAGCUACAAAGUUUCUCUAAGCCUGAGGAGGUUUUGGUUUUGCUAUGGGCAGCCAGCAAGAUGCGAGCUUAAGCAGUAUCAAUGUGUCGGCUGGGGGCCUGGUGUGGGUCCGCCGCCGAAAUGGAUCAUGGUGGCCUGGACGGACUGUGGGGCUGCAUGAACUGCCUGUGAAAUGCUUGCUUCCUCCGAGAUCGGGAACUCCCAUCAAGCUUCUUGGAAGAGAAGAUGGGAGCAUGGACUGGUAUAACCUUGAGAAAUCAACACGUGUUAAAGCAUUUCGCUGUGGGGAGUUUGACGAAUGCAUCCAGAAGGCCAUGGCUUCUGCAGUUCAUUCAAGUAAAUUCUCAACCAGUACAGGGAAGUACGUCCACAGAGAAGAUGCCAUUCUUCAUGCCUUGGAGAUUGAGAAGUCUUACUUUCCUUCCAGAAAGCAGAAUGGCUCAGGAAUGAACAACUUCUACAGAGCAACAGGUUGUGAUUUUACCAAAAAAUCAAAAAAGAUGCAUAGACUUGACAAGCAACGAGGUUUGAUGGCCAGAAAAUUUGAUACUUUUGAAGAGAAUUCACCCCAAGAGAUACCUCAAUCUUUGGUGUCAUAUGAACAGCUGGAUAAGUUGAUUGCUGCUGAUGCUCAACUGAUGGAGAAAGAACAUUGGAGAACUCCAAAUGAUUCAGAAGGUGAAGGAAUAAACCAUGUGAGAGAUCAAAAGGACAUAGGAUUGGGGAUUACAUCAACUAGAAAGCCUCAUGUGCAUGUUGAAACAGAAUUAUUUACUGACUUAGCCCUUCCUGACAGUGCUUCGCUCAGCGAAUCAAACAUAAAUAACAGGUUUUUUAGUUCUGGUCCAAUAAUAAGCUGUAAAAGUUCUGGUUCAUGCCUGAAACGGAAGCGAUCGAGUGCCAAAGCUCCUGAGGAUGUGAGAAGAGACUGUCACCAUGCACUGAGUAAAGUUUGCAAAGGUAGUAGGAUUAUAAUUCCAUCAUAUUGUUACUGGGAUGGUACUUUUGGAGGAUUCUGGCCUCUUAAAGAAGCUACUGAGAAAACAUCAAAGGAACUGCUAUCUAUUCCAAGUUGGACAAAUAUUACAUGUGGUUCAGGAACAUCGGGUGAAACAUUGUUGGGUGCAUCUGAGAGCACUUGUAAAUUUGAUGGCACAGACUUCAAUUCUCAAAUCAAGGACUGUGAACUUGCAAGCAUGUUGGAGUUCAUCGACAAUGAAUGCUCUGAUGGCCUCGUCGAUAUUACCCUUGUAAUGGGUGACCGUAUUGGUGAAGAUUUUCAGAAGGCUUCUGAAUAUUGUCCGAUCAGAGAUCUUCUGCCACGUGUAGAUGAGAAGCAUUAUAAUGGUUGCUGCAAGGAUGAUCUUGUAUCACAUUUUGCUGAAGGGCUUAGAGAGAGUAGCUAUACUGAUUCUCGACAUCAGCUUAAUAGUGUCAAUAAGAAGGCAGAAAAGAGGAGUGUGGAACCACAUUUAAUCAGUAAAAAGAACCUGAAUUAUAUGAGGUUCAGUAGAAUUACAAAUUCUGAAAGCCACAUCAAUGGGGCCAAUCAAUCUGAGAAUUCCUUGGAUCAAAUGGAGAAGAAAAUUUUUUUUGCAGGCUUGGCCAGAAAAAUUGGCAGCAAUCAUUCAGAUGAAUUAUUGACUCUCGAUAGUUGUCAUUGUCAUUUAGUAAAGGAUGAAUCAGUUUCAGAGGCAUAUGAUGUUUCCCAAUCUCAGAGUUCUGAUCUUCCUUGCUCUUCUAGUGAAUGGGAACAUUGCCAGUCCGAUGCUUUAAAGCAUUGUGUAAUAAAUUGCUCUACCUCACUUCUACCCUCAAGAGACCAUGAGAGAUCAUCCAGGCGACAGAUUCCUAUCUCCACUCUGAUGACUCGACAAUUGUUUCCUCGUGACCGAGUCUCUACUCUGACUUGCUCCAAGUACCAGGUUGUGAAGCAAAUAAGAAGUACAGGUCUGGGUUCUUCACUAUAUGAUGUUGAAUUGACUGUAGAAACAAAAACUGGCAGACCUCAUGUGCCUCUGAAUUCUCUCAUGAGUAAAUUGAACGGUAAAGCAAUUGUUGGCCAUCCUGCUCCCGUUGAGGUCAUGGAAGACGGCUCCAGUGAUACUCUGAUAACUAAGAACGACUGUUGGCCAGCUACAAGCAACAUUAAUCGGUCAUUGAAGAAUGGAUUAGUAAUUAUUGGGAGAGCAACUCCUGGGAAGAAAGCAGCACAGACCUAUCGUGGCGUUCAAUGGGGGAACUAUGAUCAGCUCAAUGUUCCUUCUCUUUUGGAAAGAAAACAUUCAAAUAGCAGAACAUCAAGGUUGUCUCCCAGAAAGAUCCGGAGGCUUUCAUCCAUCAGAAAGCCAGAGGUUGAAACGAUUGUGAGACCUGCUGUUGCAUGUGUUCCACUCGGACUUGUCUUUAGUAGGAUUACCGAAGCAUUUCCUUCAUCACUAUAGCUAACUCCAGUCAUUGUAACAAUUACUUCCCUUAAAGCGUGCCCAGAGAAAUCUGUUCUACCUACAUAUCACUUCCUAGUUGGACACUGUAAAUUUUUGCCACCGGUUUGAUGCAUAGUGUUGCACAUAUCUUUCGAUUUGAUCGUAGUUCAUUUGUGAUUCGGUUGAAGCAAUAGGCAUUCAAGAUGAAGCUAUAAUGCUCA